AUGUCGUCCCGCGCACUGCGCAAGGCGCAACGCGAAAAAGAAGAGCAGGACCGCCUGAAACAGCUGGAGGAAGAGGCACAGGACUUGGAGGAAGAUGAUGAAGAUGAAGAGCCCGCGGCGAAGGCACCUCGGAAAAGCGCAUUUGCCAUGCUACAAGAUGAGGAAGAGGCGGACGAGGACGAGCCUGGCGAUGAAGCAGACGGGACAGAAACAGCACCAGCAGAAGCACUACCCGCUCAUGUGACAGCUAAGAGCUCGUCAAAAAAGAAGAAAAAGAAGAAGGCAAAGGCAAAGAUCAAUGAGCAUGCAUCAGACGAAACUCCAUCAGACAAGCAGCUCGAUGAGAUAGAUGCUGCUUUGAAGGAACUUUCGACCAAGGGCAACUCAGCACAUUUAGGUAUCACCGCAGCAGGUGUUGAUCCUGCAAUGGACGAAGCUAGUCGACUCCUUGUCAUCGAUACGAAUCAUCUACACGCGCAGAACGAGAUGCGUAGGCUGUUUGGACGUGCUGCAUUGGAGUCACAGGAAGAGGAACAACCCGAGCAGCAAGCAGUGGGUGGGAAUCGGAGGCAGCAACGACGUGUACAACAAGUGGGUCUGGCACAAGCCCUUCGAGGACAACGAGCAGAUGGACGAUCGGGUGGCCUUGCUGCUAUGGCUCUUCGUCGCAACAUCUUUAUAUCCGGCAAGGAAGAGUGGCCAGUCGCAACAGGUGGUGGGCUCGGCAUGGAGGUCGAGGAGAAGCGUGCUGAUGGCACCGUGCUGUAUCGCUUUGUCCACAACACCGUCUACCAGGAUGUGCAAUCGCAAUUCGAGACGUGUGUGGCAUCGAUGGACCCGAAUCGUCUUGUGGCAUUGCUUCGACUGAAUCCGUACCACAUCUCAACACUGCUCCAGGUUUCAGAGAUCGCCAAGUCAGAAAGUGAUCACGCCACUUCUGGCGAUCUCCUCGAGCGUGCAUUGUUCUCAUUCGGUCGUGCCAUCCACAGCACAUUUGCAAAGAACCUGAGCGAAGGCAAGGCACGGCUCGACUUCAGGAGAGCAGAGAAUCGCGAGUUCUGGCUCGCCAGCUGGAGGUACAUGCAGAACCUUACAAUGCGUGCGACCUGGCGGACUGUCUACGAGUGGGCUCGGCUACUCCUGUCGUUAUCACCUGAGGAUGACCCGUACGCCCUGUGGUUGGUCCUUGACCAGUAUGCGCUCAGAUCUCGACAAGACCUGGAUUACUUGAACAUGUCGAGAAACGCUUCCUUCAAAGGCGUACACAAUGACAUGCCCAAUGUCCAGCUCAGCCAAGGUCUGGCCGAACAUCGGGCCGGCAACCAGGGCAAAGGCAAGCAGGCACUCUUCACAGCGAUAGGCCGAUUUCCGUGGGUCGUUGCAAGACUCAUGCAUGAGCUUGGGCUGGACGCUCCGCCUGCAGUAUGGGGGAAAGAACCUCGGACGCAGAAGGAGAAGUUUCACGCUGAGCUCUAUGCGAUUUACGCAAAAGACUUGUGGAAUACACCAGAGGCGUCAAACCUUCUGGUCGAAGUGGCAAGUGCAGUACCAGCUGAUACUCCCGCGGCCCCUGUCAACGCGGACGAAAUCACUCGAAAUGAAGCCCGUCAUGCUUUGCUUUCAGACAAUACCACCUUGAUCGCUCUGGUCCCUCGCAAGUUCACCGCACAACUCGAAAGCUCAUCAGAUCCGUUGCCACCCGACGAUGCCUUCAUGUCGUACCUGUCUCGUAGGACGGGCAGGUCUCGAGGAGGUGGCGGUACCAUGGGUCUUAACCAGAUCGAUGAGAGCGUGCGUGAAAUCCAGAGCCUCCACAGGUUCUUCGCAGAGCUUUUCCCGUGGUUCAGGAGGCCUCUGCAAAUGCAGGCCGAGGAUGCUGAAGACACCGAUGGCGCAGCUGACGAGGCUGGCCACCCACCCGUGAGUCACCGGGAUUUGAUGCGUCAAGUCGAUGCAGCUGGUGUUCCACGACAAGUCUUCCAAGAUCGUGCGCAACGACUCGUUCAGCUUCAAGGUGAACUUUUCGGCGGAGGUCCCGAGGUCGGCACUGAGAUAUUCGAGAGGCUGGCCACGGAUGCUCAUCUUGGCCCUGAUGACGAGGCAGACACGGGGAGACCAAACCAGCCGCGAGUCGAAGAAGGAUCCGACGACGAGUGA